CCUCAUGUGGCCCUGUGCUUCCUGGGUCUCCUCCUCCUACUAGCAGUUGCAUGGCUGAAGAGAAGAAGAGUGUUCCACGGCUGAACGAGCGGAUCAUGUCGUCCCUCUCAAAGCGAUCGGUUGCCGCACAUUCCUGGCAUGACCUUGAGAUAGGACCUGGAGCCCCUGCUGUUUUCAACUGUGUUGUUGAGAUCACAAAGGGCAGUAAAGUGAAAUAUGAGCUUGACAAGAAGACUGGAUUGAUCAAGGUUGACAGGGUGCUAUACUCAUCAGUGGUCUACCCACACAACUACGGUUUCAUACCACGCACGCUGUGCGAAGAUGGAGACCCGAUGGAUGUGCUGGUCCUGAUGCAGGAACCAGUGAUACCUGGCUGCUUUCUUCGGGCAAGGGCCAUUGGCCUUAUGCCUAUGAUUGACCAGGGUGAGAAAGAUGAUAAGAUAAUUGCAGUUUGUGUUGAUGAUCCCGAAUAUCGUCACUUAACUGAUCUCAAGGAGCUGUCUCCCCACCGCCUUAAUGAAAUCCGUCGCUUCUUUGAAGACUACAAGAAGAAUGAGAACAAGGAAGUUGCUGUGAACGAGUUCUUGCCACCAACAACCGCCCUGGAGGCCAUUCAGCAUUCAAUGGACCUAUAUGCUGAAUACAUCCUGCACAGUUUGAGGCGCUAGAUCUCGUUUCCAGAUGGAACAAUCCCUCAACUGGUCUUGGGGGGGAGAAUCAAUAAUUUAUCAACCUCCUGGUUUUGUUUCAAGAAACGUUUUUGCAG